AUGUCCCUCCCCCGUAUCUCCUUCCUCGAAGGAUGGGAGCGCACCCCCACCUUUCCCCGGACCGAAUCCGACGACGAGGACUACCAGGAUCUGCCCGAGGGGUCUGUGUCAUCCUCUUUCCCCUCCACCUACAGCAGACUGAACUUCAAUCCGUAUGCGGGUCCGGCAUGGAAUGAGAGACCGGACGAUCACGAUGACCGGUCCACCUUUCUGGGACUAUCUCCGACUACUACUCGCGAGGGACGUGCUUCGCCUGCACCUGCCCCUGCCCCUACAGAGGCACCUGCAGAGAGACAGCCUGCGGUACAAGUAGACGUACCUGCGCGUAAAGAACCUUGGGCAGAUACCACGGGUGCUUAUGAAGUAAGCGCUGCGCGGAGAAUUGCCCAGGUCUGUACUGCGGUUGUAUACUGCUUUUUGGCGGCCGGUAUUGUGUUUGGGUUUGCAGCUCUCAAGCCAGUCCUUAUUCGUGAGAAUGUAUAUCGCGACCUUUGCACAAAGGCGGAGCUUGAAGAGGGCGUUGAUGUAUGCGAUAGGCAGGAGAUCAGGUUGAAUCUGAUGUUCACUAUCGCGGCUGUUGUAACCAACGUCUCAGCUCUGCCUGUAGGAACAAUCCUAGACGCUUAUGGACCACGCCUGAGUGGGAUCAUUGGCGGAUUCUGCCUCGCCAUUGGAGCACUGCUCUUCGGGACAGCACGCAAACUGCCAUUCGAUGGAUACAUUCCUGGUUAUCUGUUCCUUGCACUGGGCGGGCCAUUCGUGUUCAUCACAUCGUUCCAUCUAUCAAAUACGUUCCCCGCACGAUCAGGCUUGAUCCUGUCCAUGCUAACAGGUGCAUUCGAUGCCUCGAGCGCUCUCUUCUUGAUCUUCCGGCUUCUGAACGAACACACCGAUGGCUUUAUAUCAGUCACCAAUUUCUUCGCAGUCUACCUCAUUGUGCCAGUGUUCAUCAUCAUAGCGCAAAUCUUCAUCAUGCCAGCAAACUCCUACAAAACGGCAGGCCAGCUAGUUCAACAUGCUGAAGCACAAGUUGCCGAUGAAACAAACGACCAUAUAGAUGAGACAGUCACUGACCGCGACGAAAGCGAGCGUCUCCGCAAAGAUAGACGCCUCCGCCGCCAAAGCAUCGUCAACCAAAUCCAAAGCCUCCUAGACGACGGCACCGCCUCAAUAGUCUCAGCCACAACAAUCGACGACACAGUCUUCCACAUCGACACCCACCUCUCCCCACCCCCCAAACCCACCCCACAACCCCAACCCCGACCCCCCUCCCAAGGCGGCGUCUGGGGCGUCCUCCACGGCCGCAGCGCCCUCAACCAACUCCGCACACCAUGGUUUAUCCUAAUAACAGCCUUCACAGUGCUAAUGAUGCUACGGAUAAACUACUUUGUCGCAACCCUCCGAAGCCAAUACAGUUACCUGCUCACGCCCCACACCGCAAAAACAAUAAACAGCUUCUUCGACAUCGCCCUUCCAAUCGGCGGUCUCAUCUCUGUCCCCUUCAUAGGAACAUUCCUAGAUACCUUCCAAACAAGAACCGUCCUCCUAAUCCUCGUCUCAACAGCGUCCACUAUCGGAAUUUUAGGCUGUAUCCCAAAUAGUCUACCGGCAGCCUAUGGGAAUAUCAUUCUCUUCGUGCUAUACCGUCCCUUCUAUUAUACGGCUGUCUCCGAUUACACGGCUAAGGUCUUCGGUUUCCAGACUUUCGGCAAGGUAUAUGGACUUGUGAUUUGUCUAGCUGGGGUUGGGAAUUUCGCCCAGGCGGGUCUGGAUGCGCUUACGCUUAUUGUUUUUGGUGGGGAUCCGGUUCCUGUUAAUGUUGGGCUUACGCUUCUGGUUGCUGUUGUCGGGGGUGGGCUUGUUGGGUUUGUUUGGGUUAUGACUGGGGUUUUGGAGAGGGAGAGGAAGGAUGUUGUUGUGCAGAGUGGGGAGAGGGAGAGGGAGAGGGAGCCUUUGCUUGGUGAGACCGAAGUGAGGAGUUAUGGUGCGUAA